UGUUUGAGGUUUUUCUUUGACCCAGUCUUCUUCCUGGUUUAGAAUCAAGAAUGAAGUUUUUGACAGUUACUUCAGUAAUAUAUGUAUUUACAUAUAUAACUUCCAUGGUCAAAGGACAAUGUUCUUCAAUUGUAUCAAAUUUAACGAUCACGAGCUGUAAUGGAGAAGCGCAAAGUGGAAGCAUAGUUUACAUAGAUUUUCAUCAGAUUAACCAACCGUGUUCGUGUACUGUGAUUCCGUCAUUUCUUGGGAAUCUGCUGGUAUCUGUAAAUCCUGUACCUUUUCAAUGUAAUACACUAAUCGAAGUGGGUGAAUAUCGAUUCAAUUGCCCAUUGAACGUACAAUCUUCCACCUUGAUUUCUGUCAAUAUAAGCCAAUUAGUUUCGAUUUAUGCCGUCUAUGCAUCAGAAAGCACCCCAAUGAGAUUUUACCAAUGUGUGGGAGUUCAGGAAAAAACAGAUGGUGGGACUAGAGAUAAUAUCACUGUAAUUUGUGGAACUUCACCUUUUACAUCACAUACGUCAAGCAGGACAACCAGCAAGUAUUCGUCUACAACUGUAACAAAGAACUAUGACAAUGCGUCCUCUGAAACAACAGUCAUUCCGACUAAGUACACCCAAUCUGGUUCAACACGUUCAUCCCUGUUUGUGCAUCCUCCUGAGAAAUCUGAAAUAAAUUAUGUCAUCAUUGGUUCUGCUUCAGGUGGAGGAUUGGUGCUCAUUGCUGUUAUAAUAAUUCUAAUCGUCAUAUUUUCAAGGAAGGAAAAUAAGCAAAAACACUCAUCAAACAAUAAACAUAAUACAGAACAUAAAAAUGAAACCUUUGAAUAUGAACAUAAACUACCAGAUAAUCCUCUCUACCAUUCAAAUCAACCUGUGGACGAUGUUGGUUACUCCACAGCAGACGAACAACGACUCGGUCCACCACCAUCACAGUUAACAGCAAAUAUUCAGAAAGCGAAUGCUUAUGAUACACCAGUAACGCUCAAAAGCAAAAAUGAUGUAAAAGAUAUUCCUGAAAUACCCGUAUAUGCUAUUCCAAAGAAAUCCAAUGUAUCAUCAACCGAAGUAUCCACCGGGGCAGUGUAUGCCCAGGUUAGCAAACCACAAAAGAACCCAAUCCAGACUUCUGUUCGGGAUCAAAAUCAAGAUGGACUUUUAUAUAUGGAAGUUGAACACAGUCAUCCUACUUCGUCCCAAAAUUGGCCAUACACAAUUGAUAAUAAUUCUGAGAAUGUUGAGUAUGCUGAAAUUAAAAAGAGUUAAAAUUAACUUGUGACUGAUACACAUAUUACUUAAUUCAAACACAAAAGGUGUCCUUAUAGAUUAUAAUAUAACCUCUAGUUUUGUCAAUAUUUAAAUCUUUCACCCGCAUUAGUUGAAAUAAAUGUUAUGCUAUGCUAGUUGAAGUCGUUCAUUGUGUCAAUUAAAUUAGUAAAGAUGC